CUGAAGUUCACUACAGCAGUAGCAGCAACCAGAGAAGCCGGUUCCCAGCAGCCCAGUCCUUCCAAUUCAGAUCUGCCUGAGAGGACCACCUCCUGGGUGGCCACCGACCAGUCUUUGCCCCAGGAUGGGGACCAUGUCCAGAGCAGCCUUGGUCUUGGCCUGUUUGGCUGCUGCUUCUAUAGCUUCUGAGGGAGGCUUCAAGGCUUCAGGGCAGAGGGAGCUGCAGCUAGGGUACCUUCAAGAGGUUGGCUAUGCGGCACCCCCUUCCCCACCCCUGACUCGAGCCCUCUCCAUGGACCACGCUGACACCUCUCAGCACCGCCUUAACUUUGAGGGACAGAGUGAAGCGCAGUCCCUUGCCUCGUGGGAUACCAUCUUUGCCCAAAAGGAGGAGCUGCCCUCUCCCCAAACCCUAUUGCCAGGACACCCCUCUAGCUCAGAAAGCCAUGCAGCGGAUCCCCCUGCCCCUGAGAAAGAUGUCCAAAGAGAGCUGCCCCCUGACCGGCUCCCUGUUGAACAGAAGGAAAUAGACUCGUCUUCCCCACCGCAGAAGGAUAAUGCCAACCCUCCUAAGCAGGGACCGGCUACUCAGUCCGAAGAAAAACCAGCUCCCAUCAAGCAGCAGGGUGUCCCAGAGCCUGAGCCUUUGAGUCCAUCCCAGCACUGCCAACAGAGCCGGUCCCAAGGGGGCUGGGGCUACCGGCUUGAUGGCUUCCCUCCUGGGCGGCCUUCCCCAGACAAUCUGGAGCAGAUCUGCCUUCCCACUCGUCAGCAUGUGGUGUACGGCCCUUGGAACCUGCCACAAUCUGGGUACUCCCACCUCAGUCGUCAGGGUGAGAUCCUCAAUUUACUGGAGACUGGAUAUUCCCGCUGCUGCCGCUGUCGCUACUUUGCAAAGCGCUUGGAGUGUACAAAACUUGUGUGGGAGGACGCAAUGACCCAAUUCUGUGAGGCCGAGUUCUCGGUCAAGACCCGAGCCCACUGGUGCUGCAAAGAGCAGGGGGAGGCUCGGUUCUCCUGCUUCCAGGAGGAAGCUCCCAAGCCACACUACAAGGUCCAAGCCUGCCCCGGCCACCAGACUGUUAUAUUCUUGGGCCCCGAGCUGCCUUUCCCCCCUGGGGUACCUACACUGGACAAUAUCAAGAACAUCUGCUACAUAAGACGCUUCCGCUCCGUGCCACGCAACCUCCCACCUACUGACCCCAUCCAAAGGCAGCUGCAGGCUCUGACCCGGCUGGAGGGGCAGUUCCAGCGCUGCUGCCGGCAGGGGAACAACCACACCUGUGCAUGGAAGGCUUGGGAGGAGUCCCUUGAUGGAUACUGUGAGAGGGAACUGGCUAUAAAGACUCACCACCACUCAUGUUGCCACCACCCUACUAGCCCUGCCCGAGAUGAGUGCUUUGCCCGCAGGGCUCCCUACCCCAACUACGACAGGGAUCUCUUGACCAUUGACCUCAGCCGAGUCACCCCCAACCUCAUGGACCAUCUCUGCGGAAACCGAAGAGUUCUCUCCAAGCAUAAACAGAUUCCUGGGCUAAUCCGAAACAUGACUGCCAGCUGCUGCAACCUGCCCCUGCCAGAGCAGGCCUGCUGUGCUGAGGAGGAGAAAUCAGCUUACAUCAGUGACCUGUGUGGUGCCCAGUAUAACCUCUGGCGAGACCCUGCCUUCUGCUGUAAACUGAGUCCUGGGGAUGAACAGACCAACUGCUUCAAUGUGAAUUAUCUGAGGAAUGUGGCUCUAGUGGCUGGAGACACAGGGGAUGCCAAGGACCAGGGGAAGCAGGACCCAACUCAGGGAACAAGUAUCAGCCCCACCCCUGAGCCCAAGGAAAAGUGAGUCACCCCAGAGCCUUGGAGGAUCAGAUUGGGGGAACCCCACCCUCCUCAAAUACACAUUACAGUAAACACCUCUGGGAUUUGGUGUCCUCAUUGUCUCACAUACAAACACACCCUCCUAAGCCUGCCUGCUGGGAUUUUCUUCAGUGACUGGCCCCUGAGGCCCACUGCCCUGCCCUCACUGACUGAGCAGAAGUCUUUCCACAGGCUGUGAUGGAACCAUAAAUAAAUGGCUUAACUUCA